AUGAGCACAAAACGAAACCAGGCGACUACAAUUGGCACUAACGGUGGACAGGACCGUACUUCAGGGGAAGGUGGAGACGAUCAUAUCGACAAGAAGUUCAAGCAGGUUCACGGCGACGGUGACGAAGAUGAUGAGGAAGACGACGAAGAGGAGGCUCCCAAGAGCGGCAAGCGUGCUGGACGAAGAAAGAUUAAGAUCGAGUACAUUGAGGACAAGAGCAGACGCCAUAUCACCUUUUCCAAGCGCAAGUCAGGCAUCAUGAAGAAGGCCUAUGAGUUGAGUACGUUAACCGGAACCCAGGUGCUUCUGCUGGUUGUGUCGGAAACCGGAUUGGUUUACACAUUUACUACACCCAAGCUGCAGCCGUUGGUAACCAAGGCUGAGGGCAAAAAUCUGAUUCAAGCCUGCCUGCAUGCGCCCGACAAGGAGGCCACUCCCGUAAGCUUCGUUUGUUAA